CAAGUAUCGUUGAUUUCGAGACGACUGAAAAGAACGCUUAAUUGAGGCGAACUGCAUCCCAGAGAUCUCAGCGUAAAGGAUCCUGGCUAGAUACCCAUCUGAAAACUCAAAUUCUUAUCGAGUGGUACGGUACAUACGGCUACCAUGGGAUCCACCAACCCCUACGCAAAGGAACUUCAGAUCGCCUGUCUCACAGUCCAGAGAGCCACGCUCCUGACGAAAAAGCUAUUGGAAGCUGUGGACAAGGGGUCUUUCGACAAGAAUGACGCCACCCCAGUGACAAUUGCUGAUUUUGCUGCACAGGCAUUGAUCAUCGCUGCCAUUCACCGUGCGUUCCCCGACGAUGAGUUUGUCGGCGAAGAGAGCUCAGAUGCGCUUCGAUCCGAUCCUGCUCUCCUUGACAGGACUUGGGAGCUGGUCUCCUCUACCCGCCUGUCGGACGAGGAAAGCGAUGCGCUGCUCUACGCCCCGAACAGCAAGGAGGAAAUGCUUGAUUUGAUUGACCUUGGUGCUCAAGGCAACUGUAGCAAGCAGAGCCGUGCCUGGGUUCUGGAUCCCGUCGACGGCACAGCAACCUUUAUUCAGGGUCAGCAGUACGCUGUUUGUCUGUCACUGGUGGAAAACGGCUAUCAGAAGGUUGGCGUUUUGGGCUGUCCGAAUAUGAACCUAAAGACGGGUCGCCUACAUGAAAACAUCGUUGACCGAGAUGGCUACGGGCAUCAGGUAUUCGCUGUCGCCGGACAAGGCGCAUUUAUUCGGCAAAUGGGAACGGGGGCUCUCCUCCCCUCACGCAAGAUCGAGCCAAAGACGCAGAUUACGGAUCCUAAAGAUCUCGAUUUUGUGGAUUGCGUGUCAGCAACAUCAUCCGACAGGAACAUGCAUGCCCGCCUUGCAUCGCAUCUGGGUGCACCUUGGCCAGCCUCGACAGAUCUCUGGGCCGCGCAGCUGCGAUACAUCGCCAUCGCAGUUGGGGGCUGUAAUGUCAUGAUAAAAAUUCCGCGUAACCCUUCUUAUCGGUCGAAGAUUUGGGAUCAUUCAGGCGGCAUGUUGAUUGCCGAAGAACUUGGUUGUACAGUUAGCGAUCUGGCGGGUAAUCCAGUCGACUGCAGCUUGGGCAGAACCCUGUCUGGUUGCUACGGGAUGAUCGUUGCACCUUCGUCCAUCCACAGCCGGCUCGUGGAGGCAGUGAAACAGAUCAUGUAAGACAAACGGUUAACCCGGGGUCUGGGUUGGCGGAUGAGCUGUCUCAACAGUCCCCGCUUACGGUUUUUGCUUUUUCUUCGGAGCCACUAGUUUAUUGCACCACCUAGUGUUUGA